UUGAGUUUCCAGAGCCACCACUCAUGCGCAAGUAAAGGAGGCAUUCGCGCGAUAAACUUUUGCACUUAUUCGGUUUCUCUAGUUUCUGCCUCGUAGUACUGUACAAGUCAGCCCAUAAGUCUUGCGUAACGCUUCCUGAACAUUCUUUUUUUUAUUUUUUUCAUUUCUCGCGGUCGUUCCGGGUCGCCUUCAACGCUCGUUGAAUGAAGCAAACGAAAAGGGCCGUCGUAGACCGCGGGCAGCUGUGCUCGCUGCGGCCUUGACGUCUGCUGGGGAGUUGCUGUGCACGCACAGACUUUGGUGGCGGAUACUUUUGCAUGCUAACCGAGCCAGUGUCUCUCGAAGAGGUCCGUCGGCGACUUUGGCCAAGGAGUGGCGAUCAGCUGAAGAGGAGGCGGUGACCAUGGCUUGGCGAACGUGCGUGAUCGCGCUGCUUUGCACCGCGCUGUCGUGCGCGCUCGCCGAUGAAAUGCCUGAAUAUGCAUUCAGCGAUCUCUGCCAGAACCAGUCGGCAUCCCUCACAGUCCGCAAGGCAGCUCUUGUGUGGCUCAACAACUCGCAAGAAGAGUGCAGCGUGCGCGUCCGUUUUGCUUCUGGGCUCCUCAUCACGGUGGCCUCGCUGAACCUGACAGCAUCGGCAAACUGCACUGACAGUUACCUCCAGGUGACAGUUGGCGAUAAAGUGGCACCGGGAGGAGGACCAUUCUGCGGCUACAAAGCAGACCGUCGUGAGGCCACACCAGGUCUGCAAGUGACAUUCAUGAGGCCGCCAGAGAAUGGCUCUGUGGUGCUAAAUGUCAACGCCACGUCGCCAACUAGCAACUUCACCUUGGUGCUCACGGCAUUCACAAAUGUGAGCAGAGAUGAUAGCUGCCCCAGUACGAGGCACGAGUGCUACAACAAGCGCUGCAUUGCUUCGGAUAUCUUCUGCGACGGCCACAACCAUUGUGGCGGGACGCAGGUCCCCCUGCCCGAGCAGUGCCCCAACCCCGUUACUGCAGAGGCCACUUGGUGGGCCAUUGGAACAAUCAUCUUUGGUGUCGUUGCACUCAUCCUGCUGCUUCCCUGCUUUGUGUGGACCGCAUUGCGUGGGGGCCAGAACAAUGUGACCACACUGGUGCUUCCUGGUGCCAUGCGCAUUCCCAGCAAGAACGGCUCUUCAAGCCCAGCUGCCGCACCUGGGACUUCUCCGACCCAGGAAGCACCUUCCGUGAAUGAUGAGCCGUCGUCCGCGGAUCACCAGCUCUCGGUAGAGUGCGCGCCUACAACGAGCGACAAAGCACGGCUUGUGACAUCUUGAAGGUUCGCACGCCCCUUAGACAUUGGUGCAUUCUCUUCCUGUGGCCUUGACGGUUGACGUGUUUGAUUGUGGCUCGGUCAUGUUCCAAUGCCUUCUGUGGAGCAGGAGCGAUUUACACUGGGUGUUACGUUCAGCUUAGGCACAUGACGGCGGGUUUUUUCUCAUGCCACUCUGCAGUACUGCAGUCUGGAUGUUUUUACCCUUCAGUAGCAUGCUGGCAGUGGUAUUGAAAAUGCAUGCUGGCACUGAUACUAAAGGAAAAAAACCGCCAUUGUUGUGCCUUGGCAAAAUUUAUCAUUUGUGAGAGACUUGUGGAUGAAUCUUGCAGCUUUAGAGUGAGCCACCAUUUUAUGCGUGGCUAGCACACACCUUAGCUGUUUGCCUGGCCAUCAUUGAAUCAUUGAUAUACCGACGCGAGUUUGAUGAAAGGCUCCGGGCACUACGUUUAGUGAUUUGUUUGUUGACGUGGAAUGUUACAUUAUGCACCAGGGCUGGACUGUGAAUUGUUGGUGAGCUGUGCUCUGAAUAUGUCUGCGACAAGGCUUAGUUUGUGACAUGUUGAAAACUUGUGCUGCUUAGUGAACUCAUUUUUCUAUGUUCGACUGCUGUGGAUGUUGUGGUUGGCGGUCUCGGCCACAUUCUCUUACUUUUUCUGUGUUAAGUGAAGUGGUCUUACUUUGGUUGUCAAAAAGGGGCCAGGGCUAGAGUUUUUACAACAAUCCAGGGUGCUUUACCAGUCAAUUGAUGUUCAUACUGACCAUACAUUUGAUUGCAGUUGAAACAUUGGAUCCAUUGACAGUAGUUAGAAGGAUCAGCAGCAGUUUGUACCAUCCUGUAGGAACACAACUGUUGGUGAGGGCAAGCUGCAAAAGAAGCCAACAGCUCACCAUUGGCCAACAUGGAAAGUGCUGCCUCAUAUGGAGGCCCUCAUAAGGGCUCAUAUGGAGGAAAAGGAGCUCACUUAGGGCCCUUGUGAGGCCAACAGAGUCCAGGAUAGGUGCAGAUGUACUCAUGGAUAUGCUCUUUUAAAUUUUAACCAUAAUUUUAUGAACGAGUACUAUGUGUACUGAUGUGUUAAAGGGGCUUAUAUGUGGAGAGCAUGUGCACGAAACUUUGUGGGGAAGCAAGAGACAAAAGUUGUAUGGAGCUGAAGAAAUGUACUCUUUAAGCAGUUGUCACUUCUUUAGCUACACAUUGUGACUUUUAAAGACCAUACUUUUCUUUUUUUUAAGCCUCAAGUAGACAAAUGUACAAAUGUGUGCCUUCAGCCAGUGUUGGUUUUGUGUCUGUGGCUUUCUUUGUAACAGGACAGCAAUGACAUCACCACAAGCAGGCAAUUCCAGUAAAAUUGGAAAGCUUCCACGUGUGCUUGAGGUGCUAACCUAUACCAGUGUUUAGUAAGCGAACACGAGUGCUAGCCAUGGCAAGGAGUGUCAAGAGCCCAAAAGGGUGUCUGCUCAUUGCACUUUAAAACAAUUGUCAUUUUAAUUUCCUGUGCCUUGAUAGGUAUACAUUCCCAUGGCCGAAGAUAUCUGGCCUGUGAAAAGCUGCAUGCAAGAACUGUACAACAUUUCAUGAAUGGGCGUCUUCACAAAUCUUGUAAGCUACAACAGAAGCGUCCGAGCUCAUACUUUGGUUGAUACUCUGGUUGAAGACGUACAUUUCAUGGAAUGUCUGUGCAGAUGUAGGGGGCAAUCUUCAGGCCUGCGCUCCACCUUCUUCUGUUCCACACCUUGGAUGAGCUCAGCUCAUAUUGAGGAUUACCAACAGCUCUUAUUACAGAGCAGUUCAUCCAUUAUGAUUACGCUUGUUGUGUUUCAGAUGAGCAAGACCUGCCACGGCCUUUGAGAUCAUGCAUUGUUUUUGCUCCAAUUGUGCUACUUGACUUAAUGGCUAGCACAGGAAAUGUGAGUAAAUGGCUGUGCUGCAAGCCCAAGGCUUGAGAGCAGCUGUGAGGGGCCAUAGCAUACAAAAUGCAUGUGGCGUCUAACACUGUGUGUCAAAAAAAAAAAAAAAGAAACAGAGGACACAUGCCAAGGAUGCAGCACUAAUUAAGAAAAUAAUGGGCUGUGGAAGCUAUGGGAGAAGUAAGCCAAUUCGAUUGCAGCUAUCAGGAAUCCACAUUAUGUAGCCUAUAUAGUUUGGUCCCAUGCACAGGAACAUGUUGGGACCAUUCACACAUGUGCCCAACUACCUAGAUCUUGUUGGCUCACAUUGCCCAUAGCUCCUACAGUGAGAUGUACAGUGGCUUCCAAGCGAGAUAUUCACACUGAUGAUGCAACUCGAUAUUCCUGCUGUGCCAUGGCACUUGCUGCAGCUGGAGGCUUAUCAGGUGUACCCUUCUAAAGUAAUGGAUGACAGUUGCAACACCUAUGCAGUGGCACCAUACCGUGUCGGUAGAAUGAUUUAAGGAAAUUUCAGCUAGAAGUUGUUGCGUCACAUCAAGGCCUGCCAGGGUAGCAUUUUGUUAACACUCGAGGGCAAUGUAAGAUGCAAAUUUAUGCCAUCGCAGUUUUAGUGACCAUGGAUUAAAAUUUUGUUCAUUAAGAAAAAUAUGCAGCAAUACUGUAGCGAGUAACAUGGUAAAAGCUAUUCCCAUUGGUGACAUGUUGCCAAUUAUGUAUAUUUAAGUGUGCUCAUGCAAGAAGCCAUAGGUGUAAGAUUUCUUCACUGUGUGAUGUUUUUAGUGCUGCCAGCUUUCAGGAUAAGAAGGAAUGACAUUCUUUGGUUGGAGGCCUUUCUGCAGAAUUCUAGGUUUGUGGCCAAACUUACUUGUGGAACUGUUGUAACAUUGAAAAGCACUUAGUGUGGUAUGUUUUGAUCUGAGAACUGAACUCUGACAACCAGACCAACAGAUAACACCGCUGAGCUUUGUUAAUAUAGGAGCCAUGGAAAUGUGCACAUAUAGUUCUAGCCAAUUGAUCACAUUGUGUUGUGUGGCACUUAUUUCUCAUCUAGGCAUUGUUCUUCUAUUGGCCACUUAACGCUCAUCAUUGAACACUGAAUUAGGCGGGACAUUGCAUGAAGUUCAAAGCAGUGCUUUUGUAGUUUUCACUCUUGAUAACGAAUUGGUGCGCAACAAAUGUGAUUUGAAGUGUAAGGUGUUACUCACUGCUUUAAGCUUUGUUUGGUCAUACCUUAAUAGUCAUCCGUCCAACCUUGGCGCUGCCAUGUCAAUUAGGCAUUGAGGGAUCGCACAGCGGUUUGGUGAGUUUCCACUGGCAAUGUUCUGAACAUAAAUCAUGGUUUGUCAAACAAACGUACUAAUCAAGAGGAGCUCAGCUCUUUCAUAUUCUUUUUUUUUAUCCAUCCAUGUAAGCUCUAAACAUGUAGGGAGAUACAUUGUGAAUGCUUUUAUCUAAUGCGGAAAGGGUGCGAAAUGCAUUGCAACUCAUUGUCAUGAAAUGCUCCCCUUUGUGCGGUGGCAUUUUGUUAGGCUGCUCAGCACAAGGUCACUGGUUCAAUCCCUAGCCACUGUAACCACAUCCUGAUGGUGGAAAAAUGUGAAAAGACUCUUUUAUAAUUUAAAGGAGUACUGAGAUGACAAUUUUUGAGUUGUCUAGUUCUUGGUUUGAGUGAUGGUACAAACCCUCUGUACCCUGGAAUGAUUUACUAUAAUGCAUUUGUUUUUAUGAACCAGUUUCGGUUUCUGUAUGCAAAAGGUGGAUGUGUCGUGACAUGAUUCAGUGUUAAGUAGAAGAGGGAUUGUGCUGGUUUGUGUAGUGAAUAGAAUAGGCAAAAACUGGAGGGUCUAUUAGUUAACAAGUGGCAAAGGAAGAGCAACCGUUGUCCUGCAUUGAACAUUGGAAGUGGAUAUGAUGCAAAUUUUGCCUCUUUUCCACAUCUGAACUCUAUAGGGAGCGAGAGAGCUAAAAUGUGAAACAUUCUACUAGCAGCAGCUGAUGCUGCUUGUUUUCAGAAAGCAGAUUUACACAAUAUUUUUUUUUAUCCCCCAUGUUUUACUGUUACACCUUUCUCAUCUUGACGUUGCCCGAGCUCAUGUCGGUACAACUGCUUGUUCUUAACUCCUUUAGUGUUUUUGACGAGCUCAGCUCGUCAAUGACGUUUCCAAAGCGAUAUGGACAAACUCAGCAAGUCCACUUAGUUCUUCUACUAUAUAGACAGCUGCAGUGCCAGCACUCGAAAUCCACGGUUAUUUCUUUCUUUUUCGUUUUACUACAUAGAUGUCAGCACUUUCCCGCACCUUGAAAAGUUGAUUCACUUUUCAUGUUCUACAAUAUUGACGGCAGCCAUUUCGUCAGCGCUGGAGGGACACAUUUAUUGCAGGCUUUGUUUUUGACUACAUAGAUGGCAGCACUGUGUCAUUGCUCAAAGACACCGUUUUUGGAAUCGCAUGCUUUUUGCGCCUUUCGGCAGAUUUGGGACGAUGGUGUCUGCCACUGCUAGCUCAUAAGUCAGUCGCACGUGCAAAAGAAUGACACUGUUUGACUCUGACCUGAAUUGUGUAAGAAUGCCCAAAAAAACUUCCUUCGGUAAAGAACCUGGCUUUGCAAAAUAGCUGAUUUUGAAACAGUAAAAUGAUGUGUUUUCCCUCAUUUCUAACUGUUCUGUUUUGACUGUGACAAGUACAUAUAUAUUGCAUAGUGAAGAGGUAAAAUAAGGUUUUCACACUUAAAACACGAAUCCAAUUGGUUGGAAAAGCUUUAGAAUGGUUUUUGAUGGAGCGAAGCUUGAAAAAUAAGUGAUUAAAAAAUACACCAUAAGGUUACUUUUGGUCAAAAUAAUAAAACACUUAAGGGGUUAACUUCUCAUUUCCCACUUUUGCACUGACCAUCACAUGUUCUUAUCUUUCAUGAAAGUUUUCUUUUUUUUUCCACUUUUAGCAUGACAAGACACAUUUUGUUACUUGGGUUUGACUGGGCUGUGUUUUACUAGGCUCCAUGGAGUGCUAUUAAAUUAUUCGGGACAUCGGGUUGCUUCUGUACUGCUGUGAACAAUUUAACAACUACAAGCAGAGAGAUCUCACAGUCUAUCUUUGAGAGCAGUUUAAUAAAGUGUGAAAGCAAUAUGAAAAUACUAUACAAGUGUGUUAUGAAUGAGUUAAUAUGGCACAGGCAUAACUUUUCACUUGAGAAAGAACUGUAACAAAGAAGCACCAGGAUAAAGUGCUGUCUUCCACCUUAUUUUUAUCUGGAAACAUGCACAUAUAUAAUUUUUACAUGUAUAUAUUAACAUAUGUGCAAAAACUUGAGCUCCUAUGUAGCAUACACAUGCAUUAAUGUGAUAUAUGUACAUAUGCACAGAUAUGCAGUGAGUGUGCUCCUAUGUAGCAUACAUGUGCAUUGAAGAUGUGAUAUAUGCACAUAUGCACAGAUGUACUUCUAUAUAACAUGCAUGUGUGUUGAAGAUGUGAUAUAUGUACAUAUGCACAGAUUACAGUACAUAUAUGUUUGCACAUAAGGGCUAAUUGGACAAUAGCACUAUAUCUUGGUGUUUCCUUGUUUUUAUCGUUUCCAUAUUUGCAACACAAUGAGAGUAUGUGUUGUAUUUGGAAUGCGAACUCGCCCAAAUCACUACCAUGUUAACCUAGUGGCACCAAAGGAAGCAUGUGCAUGAUAUGUGAUACUGUUUGUUUAUUUCUAGCAUAAAGCUAUAUAUGCUUUUUGUAUGCACUUUUCAUGCCUGAUGCAAUCAUUAUAGAGAUUUUUAUUAUGCCUCAUUUAUAACAACUCCGUGUAUAAUUUUCUUGGAUUCUGAGGCAGUGAACUUUUAGUGAAUCACCAGAAUGCUUCAGCAAGAUAACUUUUGUAAUAAAUAAUAGCUCAUGCAAAGAUUGUUGUUCAAAAGCACUGGGUCUCAGUGCAGCCAUGUUUCUUUGAUUGUGUCUAUGCAUGGAAUACUGUAGGAAGACUGAUGUAUCAACAUUUUGUGUUUCUGUUUGUUGGUUAGACAGAGUGAAGAAAGAUAGGUAAAUAUCACCACCUCACGAGCCAAUUAAUGUCUUUCUUGAGAUUAUGCUUGAGUUUUCUCUUUCUCAGUUUCUAACUAUAUAUGCUUGGAAUGAAACUAUGAAGCUGUUUUUAUUAGGUGGCAUACCAGCCUAGAGUCAGUCAAAACAUAAAAGCAAUACUCUGCACUGUGUCGGUAACAUGCGGAGAAUGUGCGAUCAAUACUGUGCAAUAAAACACUGUACAAAAUGUU